GCUAGCGGUCACACUUAUUUUGUAUUGAAAUACAGCUCUACAUUUUAUUUUUUCACGGUGAAAAUUGAGUCGAGAAAACUUGUAGAAAAUUAAGAAAAAAAGGCCUGCAAAAUGAGCGCGCCAAGCAAUAAAAUGUCUGCCACGGAUCAGAUGCGUGCAAUGCUGGACCAACUGAUGGGUACCACCCGCAACGGGGACGAUGGUCGCGGUCUCAAAUUCUCUGAUGCACGCGUCUGCAAAUCUUUUUUGCUGGACUGCUGUCCCCACGAUAUACUGGCAUCCACGCGCAUGGAUCUCGGUGAGUGUCCCAAAGUGCAUGAUCUGGCUUUUCGUGCAGAUUACGAGAGUGCGUCCAAGUCCCGCGACUACUACUACGACAUCGAGGCCAUGGAGCAUUUGCAAGCUUUCAUUGCCGACUGCGAUCGACGCACAGACUCCGCCAAGCAACGUUUGAAGGAGACGCAGGAGGAAUUGACAGCCGAAGUAGCGGAGAAAGCAAACGCAGUGCAUUCACUGGCCGAGGAAAUUGGCAAGAAACUAGCAAAGGCCGAGGCACUGGGCGAGGCCGGCGAGGUGGAAGACAGCAUGGAGCUGAUGAAGGAAAUUGACGAGUUGCGUGGAAAAAAGAUCAAAGCCGAACACGAAUACAGAACCUCGAUGCCAGCGUCCACUUAUCAGCAGCAGAAGCUGCGCGUCUGCGAGGUGUGUUCCGCCUAUCUAGGCAUACAUGAUAAUGACAUACGGCUGGCGGACCACUUUGGUGGUAAGUUGCAUCUGGGUUUUCUCACCAUACGAGAGAAAUUGAUCGAGCUGGAGAAGACGGCGGCGCCACGCAAAGCGGAAUUGAAGCGCUCGGGUAAGAUACCAGAUCGCGAAGAGGACGGCAGGGGCAGAAAUCGUUACUUUGUGGGUGGUCGUGAGUUGGACCGACGUUCGCGUGUCCAUCGCUCUCGUUCCAGAGAGCGUCAACGUCAACGGGAUGCGGAAAAACAAUCAAAUGACAGAUCCAACGAGCGGGGAAACGAUCGGGGCAGUGCCCGUGAGAGUGACGGCGAACGUGCGCCAUCACAACGUAGCCGGGAUGCCGAUGGACGCAACAUGGGACGUGGAGGAGGUACUGAUAGUAGCAGUGGUCGGGAUCAUCGUGACAGAGAGCGCGAUGUGCGUAGAGAUCGUGAUCGCAACAAUCGCAAUGAUAGAGGUCGUUUCGGAGGAGGAGGCGGCGGCGGCGGAAGAGAUGGAGGUGACCGCCGCAAUGAUAGACGUCGAUCUCGGUCCAGAGAGCGUUCGCCACGCGAUCGACGCAACUACAACAAUAGCAACAGCGGUAACUUUGGUGGCAGCCGGAGACGAUCGUUCUCCCGCGAGCGGUAUCGUCGCUAGAUGAUUAUCUAAUGAUGAGGAAGUCGGAUUGAGUUCCACACAACAGUGUCCAGCGCACGUACGUAGCAUUAAUUACAACCACAGUAGACAACAAAAUUCACAAACAAAUCAAAAAACAGCAAAAAAAAAAAAUAAUAAUAGCCACAGAUAGCAGCAAAAACCAACAACUAAUUGCAUUAUUAUUCAAUUAAUAAAUCGACUUAAAUACA